CCGCAGCGUUCUUACAGUCAACGAGCCAGGCUCUUUGUAUCCAACUAUUAUGAGCAUCGAUCUGUAUCCUGCCAUCAUUCACGAAGGAGACCUUUCUCCUGACUCCUUUGGGCCAGAAGUCGACGAAAUUUGCAAUGAAAUUGAUGCUUCUUGCAAGGGUUUUGGAACCAACGAGAAGCGCCUGCUUAAGGCUAUGGGAUCCCAGUCUCCCGAGACGCGCUGCAAGGUGCCACUCCGCUACAAAGAACUUCGUGGCAAGGAGCUUAAGAACGUAAUGAAGUCCGAAUGCGGCAAGCGCAAUUUCGGGACCGCGUUGCAAUUCUUGGCCGUUUCGCCCAUUGAAGCAGACUGCGACAUGAUCAAGGCCGCUUGCAAGGGUGUGGGUACGAAUGAGCUCUUGCUGUUUACCAUCUUGUGCGGUCGCUCCAACACGGAGGUCGAACUACUCAAGAAGAAGUAUUUUGAAAUUCACACGGCGGAUCUUGGUCGUGUUCUCGAUGGAGAAUUGGGCGGUGAUUUAGAAAAGAUGAUUUUCAAUACCUUGCAGGCUGCAGAAGAAAUAUUUGAUUCGGACUACCAUACAGAGGCGCUCAUGAAAGAGGACGCUGCGAAAUUGUACGAGAUGGGACAAGGCAAGCGAUUCGGAACGAACGAAGCAGGACUUUUCAAGAUCCUCUGCGCCCGCCCGCCUGAGUAUUUGAAACAGAUGAACCUCGUCUACGCGGAGAAGUACGGCUUCACUCUUCCCAAGGCAUUGGAGACCGAGCUAAACGGGCAUGUCAAGGAUGCAGCAUUGUACAUGAUCGGUAUGAAACUCAAACCCUACGAAACGGUGGCCAACUUGAUUCACCGCGCUUGCAAGGGUUUCGGUACAAAUGAACUUCUUUUGACGUCGGCUCUGAUUCGCUACCAACCCAUAAUGAAGAAUGUUAUGGAAGCAUACAUCGAACUCUAUGGCGAGACGAUUGAGGACCGUAUCAAGUCUGAAUGUGGUGGCGACUACGAACGUAUUUUGUUGGAAGUGUUGGGCGCCGCUGAAUGAUUUUAACGUGUUCUGGCCCGUUUGUUUUUAUGUCCGGUGUUUUAGCCCUUGUUAAACUAUUUAAUGAAAAAGUGUGUAGGGUGAUCUCCAGUCACUUGAUGCAGAAG